AUGUCUGAGCAGUUCAAUGCUGCUAUAGUAAAGUAUCGAGCAAGACCUAUCAUCAACAUGUUGGAAGAGAUCAGGUUAUAUUUGAUGAGGAAGAUGAACUAUAGUAGGAAUCAAAUUGCAAGAUACAGAGGUCCAAUCACACCAACUGCACAGUCUAAGUUAGAAAUAGCAAAGAGGGAUAGUCACAAAUGGCAUGCUCUUUGGGUUGAAGACCCUGAGCUUGCAAGAUUUCAGGUGCAACAUAUAUACAGCAACAACCAUCAGCAUGUUGUUGACUUAAAGAUGUCAACCAAGAAGCAUGUCAAUCCAUGUUAUUCUAAGGAAACAUGGGAGAGGAUUUAUGCUCCGUAUAUUACUCCACUGAGAGGUGAAGAUCAAUGGAUUAAGUCAGGUGCAGAACCUGUUAAGGCUCCAAGAUUUGCCAAGGGUGGUGGUCGUCCAAAAAAGAAAAGGUCCAAGGCUAAUGAUGUGCCUCAAAACCCAUAUAAAUCUAAAAGGAAGUACAAGGAAAUACAAUGUGGAAGGUGUAGUGAGAAAGGACACAAUGUGAAGAGAUGCAAUGGUACAAUAUCGAAUGAUAAGCAAAGGAAGAAGGCUAGGACUGAUACCAGCCCCCAAAAUGCCUCAGCUUUACCCUCUAAGACUCGACUUACAGGAGAAGAAUUGCAGUGUGCUCAUCUGUCUAUGCUGUGCUUGUGUAAGUUCAAGCUACUGAUCUUUGUUGUGCUUGUGCUGCUGAACUUUGCAAGGAAUGUCACCAUCGAUGUGUCAGCAUUUGGUUAG